AUGGAGCCGACUGCUCCUGACUCGCCCUACGCUGCGGUUCUCCUUGCUCUCGAGUGGGAGCUCCGGCCCACGCCCUCGCCCGGCUUUCGCAGCCGUGCACUGUUCCUCGAGGCCCUCACCGCGUCCUACGUCGCCGUCGCCCUCGUCUACCUCACUAUCCUCCGACGACGCGCAGAACUUUCGUCCGGGUCGAGCACACCGCUCCUGCGGAGAGUGACGUUGCCGGCGGGCCGCCUCCUCGUCCUCGAUACGACCUACUUCUUGCCGUGCACCACCAUCGUCAUUGGCGCUCUCAGCCUCGGCAACCUUGCUGCGCUUUCGUCCAAAGACGUCGGCGCCGGUACCGGCGUCCAGUUUGCCCUUCGCGCCUUCCGGGGCGUCUUGUUGUUCCUGCAGGGGUGGAGCCUGACGUUCGCGGCGCUCCAGGGCCUGUGGGUCGCGACUCGGACCCGGCGCCCAAGCGCACGCACGGCCAACGCCGUCUUCCUCGGCGUCGGAGGCUGUGGAGCUCUCGUCGGCCUUGCAGUCGGCUUCGUCACCCUCGUCGCCGGCGAGCGCGUCAACGGUUGCUACGUUUGGAUCCGCUCGGCGUUGCGCAUCAUCGAGCAGAACCAGCUCGCCUCGGUCGCCGCAAUCCUGCGCAUCGCGCCUGGCGUCGACGCGCUCCGAGAAGCGGUGCACAACCUGCGCACGGUCCUGUUGGCCACCUUCGCCGUUCUAGCGACUCUGGCGGUCGGCGUUCUCGUCCUGUGCUCGUGCGGCCUCCUGGACGUGGUCGCGCAUGAACCCGUCGCGGCGCCGAUCCAGCUCCCGAGCACGCCUCCCAUAUCGCCGGUCGAUCUCGAGAAGAGCGAGUUCAUCGAGGACAUGUCGGCCGUCGAGGGCGGCGGGCUCGUCGACUUUGAGGCGCUUCGAGUCGAGAAGGCGAGGGACGACUUGGCCGUGACUUGCCUCACGGUCGGCCUCCUCGCCGUCGUCAUGGCCUGCUCCUUGGCCUUCUCGGUCAACCUCGCCGUGCACGACCGCAUCUUUGGCGUCGCGAGCUUUGCAGCCGAGGUCGCCCAUCUCACUUUCGCCUACGUCUACUCGGUCGUCCAAAUUGUCUCGCUCUCGAUCCUCCUGCAUCACGCACUCACCGAGCGCACCGCGCCCGAGCUUCCUGCGACGCCUGCCGACAACAGCUUCCCGACACCGGGCCAGCUCGUCGACAAGGUCCCUCUGAUCCGCAACCCGGGCUUCUGGGUGCCCAAGCCGGUCGAGCUCCCGCCAGACAUCCACCCUUUGCCGGAAGAUGUACACGCCUAUUUCGUCUACCCUCACUCGCUCGAGGCGCACGUCCUCUCGACUCUCCCCGCCGCCCUCGACACGCUCCAGCAGACGCACACCCAGCGCCUCGCCCUUCUCGCGAGCUACGCCGAGUCGAAGGAGCGCGCCCGCAAAGCCCGUCUGAACCAGGUGGCGCCAGGCUACGCCGAGGGCGGUGCGGCGCUCGAGCCGGUGCGGCGCGAGACGGCUGUGCCCAAGUCGGCGGCGGCGGCGCAGAGGUCGUCUCGCGCGCAGAGGGAGAACCUCUUGGGCGGGUCGGACGAGGACGAGGCGGCGGUGACGGCGCCGAGCGAGGGGAGCGUCUUGGGCGAGCCGAGGGCCAACUCGCCGGGCGAGAUGGGCGCGGCGACGAUCGACAAGAUGCAGCGGGACCAGAUGAUGGACAUGUUCGCCGGGCUGGACCGGCUCGACUCGACGUUGAGCGGCGGCGGCGGCGGCGGCGAUGGAGCAGGCAGGUCGGCGGGCCGAGCAGGUGGUGACCUCGACGACCUCAUCUGAUCCUUUGUGCGCGGACGUAGCCCCUUGCGAGCAGCCUUUCCUGUCCAUUGUACACCUAUGCAAUGCCGUUCAGCGUUUCUGUCGCG